GUGUGUGUUGACGGUCGUUAUUGAAUCGAAGAAAACCACGCGAGCUUGUUUCAUCGCGUCAUCAUCCCCCUCUCGCAGUUCGCAACCUAUUUUUCUACUUUCUCCUGAUUUCAAUUUUACUCUUUCUCAAACUUUUCUGAGAAAAUUCGAUUUUAGGGUUUGUUUUUUCUCCCUUUGAUUUGGGUUUCGAUGGCAUCGAAUCCUCACAGAGGCGGUGGGGGUGGUUCUCUUUAUGGCGGUGCCGCUCCUUACAGAUCCAAAGAUGGACUUAGCACUAGAACUGCUACAGGUUCGGAGGAAAUCCAGCUAAGGAUUGAUCCGAUGCACUCUGAUCUCGAUGACGAGAUCACUGGUCUCCAUGGACAAGUCAGGCAAUUGAAAAAUAUUGCUCAAGAAAUUGGGUCGGAAGCUAAGUUUCAGAGGGACUUCUUAGAUGAACUGCAAGUGACACUGAUGAGAGCACAAGCCGGGGUGAAGAACAACAUAAGGAAACUGAACUUGAGCAUCAUACGAAGUGGCAACAACCACAUCAUGCACGUGGUUCUUUUCGCGCUCUUCUGCUUCUUCAUUCUCUACAUGUGGUCCAAGAUGUUCAAAAGAUGAGAGACUCCCGAAACAUAUUGGAAAUUUGUAGAAAUCUCUUUUAGUUUGUGGUUCCUCUCGUUCCCUGUUAUAUAGAGUACUUGUUUUGAACAAAUACAUUAAAGCAGGAAAGAUUAUAUCACAUAACCACAUAAGAUGCUUCUGUAUUUCAUUUCUUUGUUAAACCGGUUUGAAUUUGGUAA